UUGAUUUUUUCAAGAUUUGUUUGCUCAAAACAUUGUUUUGUUCACAAUGUUUUGAGCAUAAACAAAAAUAUAUAACCAUUCACAAAUGAGAUGACUGAAUUUUGAUCUCGACCAACACACGCACACAUACCGAACUGAGUGAAACCAACACGUGUUUUUUCUUGGUUCAUUAUUUAAUCAUUUUUUUCGAUUGUUACAAAAAUACUUUUGCCCUUGUUGUCUAUUUCAUCGACAUUAUUUUCACAUUUCGUCGUUUUGUCGAUUAUUAUUCGCUCAAAAAUAAUCCAUUUUCUAUUUAUCUAAUAAAUCUGAUUGAAUCAUUUCCAAACCACUGCCUUUUGUUAUUCAAUUGCUCGGUAAAUAAUAAUAAUAAUAAUAAUUUUCUUUAAGUUCUAAAAUAUCAAAAUGUCUUGGUUAUUUGGCUAUUCCAAUCCACAGCGACCACCACAGCCACCAGGUAUGCCUGGAUCACCUGAUGGUGGUGGUGGUGGUGUUUCAGGUGGUAGUGGUGGGGGAAGCGGUAGCGGUGGUUCUGGUGGCCUUUUAAAUCUUUCCGGUAGCGGUGGUGGUAGUGGGAAAAUGAAUCCAUAUCAAUUUGAUUCAUCUGCAUUGGAACGUGCAGCAAAAGCAGCCAAAGAAUUGGAACAAUCUCGUUAUGCAGAAGCUGCACUAGAUUUAGCUCGACAACAGGAAACGACCAAACAGCUGGAAUUACAGAAAACAAUGAAAGAAUAUGAACAAGCAAUGGCAAGCGCACAGAUCGAAGCGAAAAAACAGGAACAAGAACAUCGUCGACGUAUGUUGGCAGAAGAAUCAAAACAGGCUCAAUUGAAAGCUCAAUAUGAAGAUCAAUUAGCACGAAAACGUUUCGAAGAUCAACUGGCUCAACAAAGAGCAGCCAAUGAUGAAAAUCUUAAACGUCAAGAAGAAUCUGUAGCCAAACAAGAAGCUAUUCGAAAAGCAACAUUAGAAAAAGAGAUGGAAUUGCGUGCAGCAGCCGAUGCUAAACGUAUUGAAGCAGAAAUUCGUGGCCAAGCACAAGCGGAACGACAAAAUCGUGAUAUUCGACUGGAACAAUUGAAGGCAAAAGCUGCCGAAGAACGAACAACAUUAUUGGAAGCUAUAGUCACUGCUGGUGAUGUAUUCGGAAAAGGUUUUCGGGCAUUCAUUUCCGAUUGGGAACGUGUAUCAGCAACGGCUGUUGGUGUUACAUUAAUGGCAGCCGGCAUAUAUACUGCUAAACAUGGUAUCGGUUUAGCUGGUCGUGUACUCGAAGCACGUGUUGGAAAACCAUCAUUAGUACGUGAUACAUCUCGUUUGAAUAUGAUUGAUGGCCUGCAACAUCCAUAUAAAACAGUCAGACGAUUAGCAUUGAGUCGUAAACCAGCUGAUGCAUUAAGAGGUGUUAUACUUGAACCAAGUCUUGAAGAACGUCUUCGUGAUAUUGCUAUUGCUACGAAAAAUACAAAGAAAAAUGGUGGCCUUUAUCGUAAUGUAUUGUUUUAUGGUCCACCUGGUACGGGUAAAACGUUGUUCGCUAAACGUUUGGCUGAACAUUCCGGUAUGGAUUAUGCAAUCAUGUCCGGUGGUGAUGUUGCACCAAUGGGUCGUGAUGGUGUUACAGCCAUACAUAAAUUAUUCAAUUGGGCAACAACAUCACGUCGUGGCCUUUUGUUGUUUGUCGAUGAAGCUGAUGCCUUUCUACGUAAAAGAGCUUCCGAAACUUUGAGUGAACAUUUACGUUCAGCAUUGAAUGCCUUCCUAUAUCGUACGGGUGAACAAUCUAAUCGUUUUAUGUUGGUAUUAGCAUCGAAUACACCCGAACAAUUUGAUUGGGCCAUACAUGAUCGUUUGGAUGAAUUGAUUUCAUUCAAUCUACCAACAUUAUCUGAACGUGAACGUUUAGUACGGUUAUAUUUUGAUAAAUUUGUUUUGGAACCAUCGGUUAGCCGUCGAAGCCGGCUUAAAUUGGAUGUAUUCGAUUAUGAUUCCACUUGUACGGAUAUUGCCAAAAACAUUGAUGGUCUUUCUGGUCGUGAAAUAGCCAAAUUAGCUGUUGCAUGGCAAGCAUCAGCAUAUGCAUCUGAAAAUGGUAUAUUAACACAUGAAAUGAUGAUGGCCAAAGUAAAUGAUGCUAUUGAACAACAUCGUCGUAAAAUGGAAUGGCAAGCCGAAGAAGAACGAAUUAAACGUUCAUAUCCACCAUCGUCAUCAUCAUCAUCAUUAUCAUCACCAACCAACUAAUAAUAAUAAUAAUUUUAGAACCACAACGAGAAA